GGCUGGCGCCGGUCUCUGCCCCGCAGCGUCUAUCCGCCAUGUGGGUCCAGUUCGCCCCGCUGCGCCUGCCCCUGCGGCGGCGCCUCCAGACCGCCGCCGUCGUGCAGUGGAUCUUCUCCUUUUUGGCGCUGGCUCAAUGCUGCCUGGUGCUGUAUCUCCUGCUGUUGCUGGGGGACGGCUGGGUGCUGGCCGUGCUCUACGCUGCCUGGCUCUACCUGGAUUGGGACACCCCUGCCCGAGGGGGCCGCCGCUCGGCCUGGGCACGCAACUGGGCCGUAUGGCGAUACUUCCGCGACUACUUCCCCAUCACGCUGGUGAAGACGGCGGAGCUAGACCCUUCGUGCAACUACCUCUUUGGCUUCCACCCCCACGGGGUGCUGGUGGCCGGAGCCUUUGGGAACUUCUGCACGGAGGCCACGGGGUUCUCCCAGCUCUUCCCAGGGCUCACGCCGCACCUGCUGAUGCUGCCGUUCUGGUUCAAGGUGCCUUUCUUCCGAGACUACAUCAUGAGCGGGGGGCUGGUUUCCUCAGAGAAGGCCAGCGCCUCAUACCUCCUUGGCCAUGAAGGGGGUGGCCAGGUGGCUGUGAUAGCGGUUGGGGGCCCACCGGAGUCGCUGGAUGCCCGCCCAGGGGCUUUAACCCUCCAGAUUCGCGGCCGCAAAGGCUUCAUAAAGAUGGCACUGCAGCAUGGAGCCGCCCUGGUCCCCGUCUUCUCCUUUGGGGAGAACGAGCUCUUCAACCAAGUCCAGAACCCCCGGGGCUCCCUCAUCCGCACGAUGCAGGAGCGGCUCCAGAAGGUCCUGGGGCUGGCGCUGCCCCUCUUCCACGCUCGGGGUGUUUUCCAGUACAGCUUUGGGCUCUUGCCCUUCCGAAGGCCCAUCCACACUGUGGUGGGAGCCCCCAUCCCUGUGCCCAAGACACCGCAUCCAUCCCGGGAAGCCAUUGACGAGCUGCACAAGACCUACCUGGACAAGCUCACCCAGCUCUUUGAAGAGACCAAGGCCAAGUACGGGCUGCCAGAGGAGAAGCACCUGCAGCUGAUCUAGAGGAGGGACCGGAGCCGUGGCCAGCGUCUCCCUCCGUGCUGGGGGCCAUCACAGCCACCGCCUUCUGGACUGAAUGAAGUGACUCCUGGGAAGUAUGGCUCAAGGGGCUCUUUGCACACCUGUCACAUCAUGGGUGUGUGAAUGUGUGACAAUGACAGUAAGAGGAGUGGGGACUCCCCCAAAUUUGGCUUGAAUUCCCCUUCCUGGGAAGGGACCUGGGGUAACUCUGUGGGGUGGAUGGCUUUGUAGAAGGCUGCGGGGAACAGGGAGACAUGUACACAAGGUGGGGGGGGGGCUGGAAUCCUGCCUAAACUGGGUGGUGGAGAGUUGCGCUGCUAGCCUAGAUCUCAGGUGGGGGGGUUGUUUUAAGAGCCAUCUUGCCUCCUGGGGGGGCGUUUGACCUUCCAGUGCUGUAACCCCCUCGGGUAUCUGAAAAGUCCUUUCAACAUCAGCAGCCACUUCUUGUCAUCCUGUUCAGAAAUAAAGCAGCCAACGUCCCGUGUCAAAA